CAUUGGGCCAAACAAUCCACAGUGAAUCGGUCACUGCAGGCUGGCAGUGAAACUCAUUCGACGCUCUCGAUGCAACGACCUUCUCAUUCUACAGUUACUAAUCAUGAGUCACCUGUACAGGGUCGCACAUUGGCGAAUCAAAGAAAUUCGAAUGAACUUGGCAAUUCUUUUUUAAAUGGAUCUUCGUUUCAUGAUGAUUUAAUACACCGAAAUCAUGUCGGUUUGUCACGACAAGAAAGUGAAUCAGUUACCACGCACCGAUCAAGUGAGUGGGAUUGGACAAGUAUGUCGGAAAACAAUUUUGCUGAGCUUUGUGUUUUUCAUGUACCUGAUAAACCGCUCGAGCACCAAGAUCCAAAUAAUCGCUCGACAACUUCGCUGCCAUUAAACUUGACACUUCGCGUUUCGCAUGAAAUUACUGAAUCACUCGGUGUAUGGAGUAUGGAUUAUAUACCACGAGGUGUACGAUUUGGUCCAUUAAUAGGCGAAUAUCAUAAACCACAUAUCACUGAAGUAACGGUAUGUCCAGCAGAAGGUGCUGCAGCUGGUGUUAAUUGCCAAAAUCAGAUGGAUGGCGAAUAUAUUCCAAAUCAAUACAAAUGGAAUCAAAUAUGGAAAAUUUUUAGCAAUAGUGGUAGUAUACUUGUGAAGAUGAUUGAUGCUAAAAAUGACAAAAAAAGUAAUUGGAUGAAAUAUGUGAAUCCGGCAAAAUCCAAGGAUUCGCAGAAUUUGGUUGCUUGCCAAAUAAAUAAUGAAAUCUACUUUUAUUCAGUCAAAGCAAUAAAGCCUAAUAGCGAAUUGCUUUAUUGGUAUAGCAGAGAUUACGCACGAAGAAUAAAUUUCCCGUCUUCUUGUGAACAAUGGUCACCUCCAGUUCAGAUAAAAAUUUCAGCAACGAGGAGUGAUAAAGUAGGUUCAGUUAAUACAAAUCGUUUUGAAGAACGAAAACAAUCAUCAUCACCGCAACAAGCGAUAGACUUCUCAAUUAAAAAAUCGCUAGAGGCCAAUGCAAAAGUAAUAUCGAAACGCCUUGGCACUACGAGCUCACCAUCGUCAGCUAGUGAUGUUACUCAGAUUCUCAGUGAUGAUUGUACUUCAAGCACGAAGUCUCUUUCUUCAACGUCGUCCCCUAGAUCACCACCUCCAGCUGAUGAACCCAUUACGAGACCAAAUGUUAUUCAAAAUCCUGUCCAUCGCCCCGUCGCCACAAAACUACCUCAAACUUCACUUCCUCAUGUAGCUUCAUCUUUGCCACAUUUGCAACCAGGUCCUAUGAAUCCUUAUAACACACUAUUGCAUGAAUUUAUUAGACGAAGUUCGGCGCUGAAUGUAGCAUCGGGUGGUAUCUGGGUGCCACCACAGCCUAAUCAUGGUGCUUCACCACAUUCUGCCCGUCCAUGUUCGCCGAAUAGACCGCCGGCAUAUUCACCUGCACCUGCAUUUGCAGCUACUGCUAGCCCACCAUUUAGUGCGACUUUUGGUGGUGCAUUAUAUUCUUCGACCACUCCGACUAAAACUUCAUUUUUUGCCUCUCAGCCUCAACCAAUAAUUCCUUUAAGUGUUCACCCACCCCCCCUGGCAACAUCUCCAACUGCAUUUCAAGCAGCAUCAAGUAAUUCAACAUCAUUCAGAGCGCAGUCAUAUCCUAUUCAGAAGUAUCUGCAGUCUCAAAUUAAUGGCAAAACGCGUUACGAAUGCAAAGAAUGCAAUAAAACUUUCGGCCAGUUGUCGAAUCUAAAAGUUCAUCUACGGACUCAUACAGGAGAAAGGCCAUUCAAAUGUAAUGUUUGUAUGAAAGAGUUCACUCAGUUGGCACAUCUACAAAAACAUCACCUUGUACAUACAGGUGAAAAACCACAUCAGUGUGAAAUAUGCCAAAAGAGAUUUAGCAGCACAUCGAAUCUGAAAACUCACCUUCGUUUGCACAACGGUCAGAAGCCUUAUUCUUGCGAUCUUUGUUCAACCAAAUUCACGCAAUUUGUACAUCUGAAACUACACAAACGACUUCACACCAACGAACGACCGUAUACUUGUUCAGGUUGUGGUAAAAAGUACAUUUCGCCAUCUGGUCUCCGCACUCACUGGAAAUCAACACCAUGCAAACCGUCAGUAGAACUUCAUUCUAAGGUGAUCGAAAGCGAUGAUGCAACGCUUAUGCGCGAAGAACAGUGUGUAACGAGCACAACACCAACACCGAUUCUUAGAUAA